CGUCUCUUUACCUCGAACUCUUCACAAGCAGCUUUUCUUCCUUGGCUGUUUCUCCUUAACCUUUCUUCCCCCAAAACAAAACCAAACUUCUUACCACCAUGGUCAAUUUCACUGUCGACCAAGUCCGUGGGCUUAUGGACAAGCGGGCCAACGUCCGUAACAUGUCUGUUAUCGCUCACGUCGAUCACGGUAAAUCCACCUUGACGGAUUCUCUAUUGUCUAAGGCCGGUAUCAUUGCCAGCUCUCGUGCCGGUGAAGCUCGUGCUACUGACACCCGAGCCGAUGAGCAAGAGCGUGGUAUCACAAUCAAGUCGACUGCUAUUUCCAUGUUCUUUGAGCUCGAGAAGGAAGACUUGGCUGACAUCAAGCAAACUACCGAUGGUACCGAAUUCUUGAUCAACUUGAUCGAUUCACCUGGACACGUCGAUUUCUCUUCCGAAGUCACCGCUGCUCUCCGUGUCACUGAUGGAGCUCUUGUCGUGGUCGAUUGUGUCGAGGGAGUCUGUGUCCAGACUGAAACUGUCCUUCGUCAAGCUUUGACCGAGCGUAUCAAACCGAUUGUCAUCAUCAACAAGGUCGAUCGUGCUCUUCUCGAACUUCAAGUAUCAAAAGAAGAUUUAUACCAGUCUUUCUGUCGAACGGUCGAGAGUGUCAACGUCAUCAUCGCAACCUACAACGACAAGGUUUUGGGCGAUGUUCAAGUCUACCCUGAAAAGGGAACAGUUGCUUUCGGUUCCGGUCUACACGGAUGGGCUUUCUCGCUUCGUCAAUUUGCCAAGCGUUACUCGAAAAAGUUUGGUGUUGACGCUGAAAAAAUGAUGGCCCGACUUUGGGGUGACAGCUUUUUCAACCCAAAGACCAAGAAGUGGGUCAAAACCAACGUUGACGCUGAUGGCAAACCUUUGGAGAGAGCCUUCAACAUGUUUGUUCUUGACCCUAUCUUCAAGAUUUUCGACUCUGUCAUGAACUUCAAGAAGGAUACCGCUUUGGCAAUGAUGGAGAAAUUAGAGGUUAAACUUACUUCUGAAGAAAAAGAUCAAGAGGGCAAAGCUCUCUUAAAGAUCAUCAUGCGUAAAUUCUUGCCCGCUGGAGACUCUCUUUUGGAGAUGAUCUGUAUCAACCUUCCCUCCCCUAUCACUGCUCAACGAUACCGAGUCGAAACCUUGUACGAGGGUCCUAUGGACGACGAGUCCGCCAUCGGUAUCCGAGACUGUGACCCCAACGCACCUCUGAUGUUGUACGUGUCCAAGAUGGUUCCUACCACCGACAAGGGUCGAUUCUACGCUUUCGGUCGAGUCUUCUCCGGAACCGUCAAAGCCGGACCUAAGGUCCGUAUCCAAGGUCCUAACUACACUCCUGGAAAGAAGGAAGACCUUUUCAUCAAAUCUAUCCAACGAACCGUCCUCAUGAUGGGAGGCCGAGUUGAGGCUAUUGAGGAUUGUCCCGCUGGUAACAUUAUUGGUCUUGUCGGUGUGGAUCAAUUCUUGCUUAAGUCCGGUACUCUUACUACUUCUGAGACUGCCCACAACAUGAAGGCGAUUUCACCCGUUGUGCAAGUCGCCGUUGAAUGUAAGAACGCCAACGAUCUUCCCAAGUUGGUAGAAGGUCUCAAGCGUCUUUCCAAGUCCGAUCCUUGUGUUCAAGCUUGGAUCGCCGAUACCGGUGAACACAUUGUUGCUGGAGCCGGUGAAUUGCAUCUCGAAAUUUGCUUGAAGGAUUUGCAAGACGACCACGCUCAAGUUCCUCUCAAGAUCUCCGACCCUGUCGUCGGAUACCGUGAGACAGUCCAAGCCGAGUCUUCAAUGGUCGCGUUGUCCAAAUCGCAAAACAAGCACAACCGACUGUAUGUGAAGGCCGAACCGAUCACGGAAGAGCUUUGUCGAGCUGUUGAAGAGGGCAAAGUUGCCCCCCGUGACGAUUUCAAGCUCCGAGCUAGGCUUUUGGCUGACGAGUUCGGAUGGGAUGUCACUGAUGCCCGUAAGAUUUGGGCCUUUGCCCCUGACGGUGGAGGCCCCAACUUCUUGGUCGAUACCACCAAGGGAGUUCAAUACCUCAGUGAAAUCAAGGAUUCUUGUGUCGCUGCAUUCCAAUGGGCUGCCAAAGAAGGACCUUGCGCUGAGGAGUCCAUGCGAGGAACCCGAUACAACGUUCUCGAUGUUACCCUCCACACCGAUGCCAUCCAUCGAGGUGGUGGUCAGAUCAUCCCCACAUGUCGACGUGUCAUUUACGCGGCUGCUCUGCUUGCCAACCCUGGUCUACAAGAGCCUGUCUACAUGGUCGAAAUGCAAGCACCUGAAACUGCUCUUGGUGGUAUCUACUCCGUGUUGAACAAGAAGCGUGGUCACGUUUUCUCCGAGGAACAGAGAAUCGGUACACCCAUGUACACCGUCAAGGCUUACCUCCCUGUCUCCGAAUCCUUCGGUUUCAACGCUGAGCUCCGUCAAGCUACUUCAGGACAAGCUUUCCCUCAACUCGUGUUCGAUCACUGGCAAACCAUGCCUGGAACUCCUCUCGAGAAAGGUAGCAAGCUCGAAACCCUUGUUCAAGACAUCAGGAAACGUAAGGGUCUCAAGCUCGAGAUCCCCCCUCUCGACACCUACUACGACAAGCUCUAGUUGUCCUUGUGUCUUGGCUCAAUUUGGAAUCCGGCAUUCAAUAGUUCACGGUUUGGAUCUAAUUGUAGUUUGUUGAGAUGAAUGUAGUUAAUGAAAAUUUCUCCAUGAAAAAGUAGAUUCACCUUGGUUAUUUGUGUCAUGUCCGUGCAUUUUAAUGUCCUUUCACCAUGUACCGGUAUGAUCUCCACGCCACUAUGAGUGACUUGCUGCGUUGACGCUGUCUAUGUGAAAUACACGCUUUGAAUAUUUUCCAC